CGUGACGCGGGCAUGACGUGAGUGCCGCCGCUCCCGAGGCACUCUCUCUGUCCCCGCCGCGCUCUGAGGCAGCUGUGUCUCGGCCCGCGUCGCCAGGCUCCGGGCCGCCCCCGGGUCCCCGCCGCCCGCCAUGGACGACUACGCGGGCCUGUCGGACGCUGAGCUGGCUGCGGUCCUGCGCCAGUACAACAUCCCGCACGGGCCUGUCGUGGGUUCCACCCGCAAGCUCUACGAAAAGAAAAUCUUCGAGUACGAGACCCAGAGGCGGAGGCUCUCGCCCCCGGACUCGUCCGCAUCAUCUUUCACCUAUCGGUUCUCGGACUUAGACUCGUCCUCGGUGGACUCGGAUAUGUACGAUCUGCCCAAGAAAGAGGACGCCUUACUCUACCAGAGCAGAGGCUAUGGUGAUAACUACUACGAGGCAACCUACUUGAGCACCAGGACUUACCGGGAGCCUGAGUCUGUGGGUGCCUCGAAGAGAUUCUGCCAGCCCUCAACCUCACUCUCGGACGCCGACACCUUUCACCACCAGGUGCGGGAUGAGAGUCUCUUCUCUCCUGAAGAGGAGAGCAAGGACGGGGAGCGCCCCUCCUACAGCCAGGACAGCGCCUACCAGAGCAUCGUGCACUACCGCCCUGCUCCCAACGCAUCCAGAGGCUCCCUGGGCUUGGCCUAUUACCCCACCUCCUCCUCCACCUCUUCCAUGUCCUCAGCUUCAUCCUUCCCGACCUCGUGGCUCACCCGUCGUGCCAUCCGGCCAGAAAAGCAGGCCCCGGGGGCUGGUCUGGGCCAGGACCGCCAGGUCCCUCUCUGGGGCCAGCUGCUUCUGUUCCUGGGCCUUGCUGCCUUCCUGCUCUUUGUCUACCACGCCUUGCAGGCCAGCAAUGGCAGUCCCUUCUGGAUAAAGCCCUGAGGGUCUGGCUUCACGGCCACCUGCUCUCAGACGUUUUGGCUGGCUGCCUUAGUAGUGUUUGCUGGGGGAGGGGGUGGGUGGGGGCUUUUUUGUGUGUUCCAGCUUGUGAGUCUCGGCCUGGCCCUUGUGCCAGGCUCCUCUGGACCCUUCUGGAUCCUGCUUGCCUUUGACCCUUCGGGCCCAGCAGGGCAAGACUCUUCUCCCAGAGGAGAACAUGGUUGUCGUCGUUGCAUGCCUCCUGUCCGUUGUCAUCUCGUUGGGGGGAUUAACCAAAAGCCACCCUGACUUUGUUUUCGUGGACACACAAUAAAAAGACCAUUUAUUUUUAA